AUUUGAUGACCGAAGAAGCUUGGAAGCCUUCGAUCGUGCAACGUAGCUAGCGGGCCGUUGUGUGCAACGGUCCUAUUACCGACCGAUUGAAUCUGAUAUACCCUCUACCGCGAGGCUAUUCUCUGUGGUCGUCAUGAACAAUAUCCUGGAAUUUGAUCUGGUAUACGCGGCCUGUGCUAUUGUCAAGCAUCAGGUCUACUCACCGGUUGUUAUUCAUUCUCUGCCGUGAGCAAUCUCGCACCUCGGACUCGAAGUGAAGAGCGGAAAGAAAUGGAAUGUUCCCCAGUUAAUCUUCAGCCCUACGAGACAACGCUAACCGUCCCCGCUAAACGUGGAAUUUUUAGCGCACCACGACGGCCAACCACAGCACCCCUUUCAAGCCCUGCGGGGGACGAUCAAAUCUGGUAUCAUCUUCGAGCUUCAUACCCUUUCGAGGUAAUUUUAUGAGAGCCACAACGCCAACAGCCCGGACAGGAUUCUUCCAUCAUGGCUACAGCAACCCCCACGCUGGCUGAGGUGAUAUUCCCCGAGCAGGCCAACCACAACUUUUCACGCAUUCUCGGAGACCUCAAGCGCUCCAACCUUUCCAUCACAAACCGGCUCAGAUCGAUCCAACACGACGCCUCUUUUGUCGAGAGUGUCGCCGAUGCGUUGCAGCUGCCGUUGGUCGCGAAUGAGCGCUGCGGGAGCUGGUAUAUCGAUCCGGCCAGGAAGACAGCCUCUGCUUACUUCAAGAGCACAGAUGGGCAUACCGGCCAGUGGAAGUUUAGCACGAGGAGGAUAAAUCUGCAUUUGCUGGGUGUAGCUGGGGAACAUAAUGGGUGCAUCAUUGUUGACUCUACCCGGCGAGGCAAACGACACCCAGACGCUCUAAGCAAAACAAUCCCAACCUGGUGUGCAGUCCUCAACCGGGCCCUCUUCCCAGACAUCCCCUCCUCACACACCCUCCACGUCCCACCAAACGCAGUCUCGGACUCGGAAGCCAGUCAAAUCUCAGCCCGGCUCCCGGACUUUGUCGAGUCUUUUCGCUCACUCAAAAUCGACCUCGCACCUCUCAGGGCCCAGCUGAAGAAACCGCUCCGCCCGUUCUGGAUAACCCAAGACGACGCCCUCGACCUUGCAUUCUCCGAGGACUUCCACCCAGUAGUCUGCUGCACCAGCUCCCGAAGAGUCACCGGAACAGAGCUAGGUGAGGGCGGGUACAUCCAGGGAGCAGGAGACGACACGGAGAACUGGGCGCUGGGUCUGACGGCGCAGAUCUGGUGGAAGCACAAGGAUGAGUUAGUCUCCACACCAGAGAGUGACCUCCCCGAGCUUAUCGAGAGGCUCGUGGCCGAGGAAGGGCCCGCCGGUGAUUCCGCCGGGCAAGUGAGAAGAGUUGCUCCGGGGAUCUAUGUAGGCACCCUCGAAGCGGCUGACGCUCAACUUGCGAUUUCGGGGACGUGUGUAGUCAGCUUGCUGCCCAAGACAACCCCUCAGGAUUCUUGGGUCAAGUCGCCUUCUCAUAUGGAGGUUGGGUUGGGGAAGAACAAGGCUGCCAGUAGGCUGUUGAGAGAUGCUCUGCCAAGGAUCUGUGAGUUUGCAUCUCGUUUUCUGUGCGAGACAAAACCAGACGAGGAAGGCACAGUGCCUGAGAAGAGGUUCGUUAUACUCUGCGGGUCAGGAAAAGAUCUCUCGGUAGGCGUCGCUCUAGCUCUCUACUGCUGGUGUUUUGACGCCGAGGGAAACAUUUGGUCAGCAAGUGACCAAAGGGAGUCCUUCACCAAGACUGCCAUCCGGGUCAAGCUAGGGCACAUUAUGAACACAGUCCCCGACGCCAACCCCGGCAGAGCCACCCUCCAAAGCGUAAACAGUUACUUGAUGGACUGGCGAAAGUGA